AUGCAGUACGUAGGCAGAGCUCUUGGGUCUGUGUCCAAGACAUGGUCCUCUAUCAAUCCAGCCACGUUAUCAGGUGCUAUAGACGUUAUUGUCGUGGAGCACCCAGACGGAACGCUAUCAUGUUCUCCCUUUCAUGUGAGGUUUGGCAAAUUUCAGAUUCUAAAGCCAUCUCAAAAGAAAGUCCAAGUAUUUAUAAACGAGAAGCUCAGUAACAUGCCGAUGAAACUGAGUGACUCUGGGGAGGCUUAUUUUGUCUUCGAAAUGGGCGACCAAGUUACCGAUGUUCCUGACGAAUUGCUUGUAUCUCCCGUGAUGAGCGCAACAUCAAGCCCCCCUCAGUCACCUGAAACAUCCGUCUUGGAAGGAGGGAUUGUAAGUGAAGGGGAAGGUGUGAGCGAAAAUGAACAUAAAAAGCAGGAAAAGAAAGUUUUAGAAGAACCCGAUUUUUUGGAUAUCAACGAAACAGGAAACUUGAUAAGUAAGAAUGAUGAAACUGCAGGACCGCCUACGACUGCGGAAUCCACGACUUCUGAUUCAGUUGAAGGAAGAAAACUUGUCAAACAGCGCACAAAGAAUUUCCAGCAAAAAUUGAACAAGAAACUCACUGAAAUUCAUAUACCCAGUAAACUUGACAACAAUGGCGAUUUACUAUUAGAUACUGAGGGUUACAAGCCAAACAAGAAUAUGAUGCACGAUACUGACAUACAGCUGAAGCAAUUGUUGAAGGACGAGUUUGGUAAUGAUUCAGAUAUUUCCAAUUUCAUUAAGGAGGAUAAAAAUGGUAACAUCAAGAUCGUGAACCCUUACGAGCACAUUGCCGACCUAUCACCUCCGGGUACACCCCAAACAAUGGCGACAAGCGGAUCAGUUUUGGGGUUAGAUGCAAUGGAAUCAGGAACUACCUUAAAUUCGUUGUCUUCUUCUCCGUCCACUUCCGAUACGGAGGAUGACAUGUCGUUUAACAAGGAACAAAGCAGUACCAGUGAAGUCGCUGGCAAAAAGGAUACAGUGAAAAGGGACAACACGGAGAAAAGGUAUAUAAGAACCAUAAGAUUGACCAAUGAGCAGUUGAAGUGUUUAAGUCUAACCUAUGGUGAAAAUGACUUGAAGUUCUCAGUAGACCAUGGAAAAGCUAUUGUCACUUCAAAAUUAUUUGUUUGGAGGUGGGACGUCCCAAUUGUUAUCAGUGAUAUCGAUGGAACCAUCACAAAAUCGGAUGCCUUGGGUCAUGUCUUGGCUAUGAUAGGAAAGGACUGGACACAUCUGGGUGUUGCUAAGUUAUUCAGUGAGAUCUCCAGAAAUGGAUAUAAUAUACUUUAUCUAACGGCAAGAAGUGCCGGGCAAGCUGAUUCGACGAGAAGUUAUUUGCGAUCAAUUGUACAAAAUGGGAGCAAACUACCAAACGGGCCUGUCAUUUUGUCGCCGGAUAGAACAAUGGCAGCGUUAAGGCGGGAGGUAAUACUGAAGAAACCAGAAGUCUUCAAAAUUGCAUGCCUUAACGACAUCAGAUCGUUAUAUUUUGAAGAUAAUGAUAACGAGGUGGACUCGGAGGAAAGAUCGACCCCGUUUUUUGCCGGCUUCGGCAAUAGGAUCACCGAUGCUUUAUCAUAUAGAACAGUAGGAAUACCGAGUUCCCGGAUCUUCACAAUAAAUACGGAAGGUGAGGUUCAUAUGGAACUAUUAGAAUUAGCAGGGUAUAGAAGUUCUUAUAUUCAUAUCAAUGAACUUGUUGACCAUUUCUUUCCGCCAGUUAGCCUUGACAGAAACGAUUUGAGAAGUAAUGCUUCCAUAGUUCCUGGAUCUCCACCUAAUAAAACGUUAGAUAAUGCCGACGUAGAGAACAACCCUGGUUAUAAAACACUAUUUAGGGGAAACCAAGAGGAGAAAUUUACGGAUGUAAAUUUUUGGAGAGAACCUUUAGUCGAUAUUGAUAAUUUGUCGGAUAUCAGCAGAGAUGAUUCUGCGAAUACCGAUGAAGAUACAGAUGUGUCACAGCAAGGUAGCACUAGUAGAAGCAGAACGAACUCUGCCAAAACCUUUAGGGCCAAUAAAAUUCCCCAAGGACGCGCUGACAGCACAAAAAGCAAUGAAGCCUUAGCUGCCUCAUCAGAUGUAGAAGAUGCAUCUGAUUUUAAAGGUUUCCGUAGUAGCUCAAGGUCCACACCCAGUAAAUCAACAAGAUCCAAAGGAGAUAUUGGGAAGCAAAUAUACCUUGAGCUGGGUUCACCACUUGCCUCGCCAAAGAUGAAGUAUUUGGAUGACAUGGAUGAUUAUGAGUAUAACGACGGCAGAUCAAAAUCAAGGAGAGCAUCUUCAGGGGCUGCAACAAGUAUUGAUAAAGAGUUUAUGAAACUAUCCAUGUCCAAGGCUGGUGCUCCAACAAGCGGUGUCUCGAAGAUCAGCGUUUUGGACGACGUACAUUCACGUGAAAAUUCGGAUACCGAAUCACGAAGGGAACAAAGUGAUGAUGAUAUAAAGCGUAAGCGGCUACCCCCCAACUCCAUCAACGAAAAUGAUUUGGAAGCGAGAAUAAGCGAUGAGUUUGACGACGACGACGAAUUCGACGAGGACGAAUUCGAAGACUGA